UUUUCCCAUUUCUCCCACUCCACAGGCUCGGAUCGUGCACCUGACACUUUUUUGCCCAAUCCGAUCAUCUGCUCUGUGGUACAUUUGGUGUGCCACCUUUCACCAUUUUUUGACAUUUGUCAACAUUUUCACUCUCACUCGCGUCUAGUGGUCGAGCAUCUGCUGUUCCCUAACACCAAGAACCGGCGCAGCUCUGCUCUCGGCGGCGGCCGUUCCGAGGGCGAGUAUCUCCGCGAGCUGGAGCGCAUCAAUCAGGAACUUCGUGGAUUCAUGCCCAUUUUCCCCCCGGUCCAGACGGCCUUCAACGCUCUUUCCACGAUGCAUUCACCGCAUGCAUCUGCUCUCGACGAGGCCGGCCGCGACCAAGUGGCCGUGUCGCCGAGCGGACAAUCCGCGCACUGCUGGACAAGCCUCCUCUAUCCACCGCCCGACAACUCCAUCCGCCCCGGGCCGGCUCUUCUUGGCCUCCUACCGCAAACGUGCGUCGCCUCCGUCUGCUCCGCUCCUCUCGGUACCGGCGUGGAGGCCAACUGUUCUGCCGAUUCGCUCAAGCCCAACACCAUCGAGCCGGGCGUUGGCAACACACCGUCCGACGCGACGGUCCUCGAAUUGCCCCCAUUCACGUUGGCCGCCUAUUCCUUCGAAGAGCACGACUUCGAGAGAAAAGGUUCACUGAAUCAGCUCUCCGACGAUGGAGAAUACUAUUGA